AUGAUGUCGAUUUCGGCUUUUCCUCUAAGUGUAGGAAUUGCGUUUGCUGCGUUGAGUUCCUUUUUACUUAAGAAAAAACCUAAAUCUCCUGUUGACCUGUUACGUGUACUUGAUAUCCACAAAGGAGAUUAUGGAAUACCUACAUUGGAAUCCAAAAAUAGGUACAUACCAUAUAGAAGUGGUACAUACAAAGGCAGAACAUACAUAUAUAUGGAAGGAGAUACUAGUGGGGAUGAAAAAUAUGCAUUUAUGUCUGAUACUACUGAUGUAACUUCCUCCGAAAGUGAAUAUGAAGAAAUGGAUAUCAAUGAUAUAUAUGUACCUGAUAGUCCUAAAUAUAAAACAUUGAUCGAAGUAGUACUAGAACCUAGUGGUAACAACACAACAGCUAGUGGUAACAACACAACAGCUAGUGGUAAAAACACACCUAGUGAUACACAAAAUGAUAUACAAAGUGAUGGUAUACCUAGUAGUAAAAUUACAGAUAAUGAGUGGAAUAAAUUGAAACAUGAAUUUAUAUCUAAUAUGUUACAAAAUCAACCAAAUGAUUAUAGUAGUGGUGAUAUUCCAUUCAAUACACAACCGAAUACUUUAUAUUUUGAUAAUAAUCAAGAAAAACCUUUUAUUACUUCUAUUCAUGAUAGGGAUUUAUAUACUGGAGAACAAUAUAGUUAUAAUAUUAAUAUGAGUACUAAUAUUAUGGAUGAUCCAAAAUAUGUAUCAAAUAAUGUAUAUUCUGGUAUCGAUUUAAUUAAUGACACAUUAAGUGGUAAUCAACAUAUUGAUAUAUAUGAUGAAGUGCUAAAAAGAAAAGAAAACGAAUUAUUUGGGACAAAUCAUGUGAAACAAACAAGUAUACAUAGUGUUGCCAAACUAACAAAUAGUGACCCCAUCCACAACCAACUGGAACUAUUCCAUAAAUGGCUAGAUAGACAUAGAGAUAUGUGCGAAAAGUUGAAAAAUGAUAAUGAGCGGUUAGCCAAAUUAAAAGAAGAGUGGGAAAAUGAGACACAUAGUGGUAACACUCACCCUAGUGAUAGUAACAAAACGUUGAAUACCGAUGUUUCUAUACAAAUACAUAUGGAUAAUCCUAAACCUAUAAAUCAAUUUAAUAAUAUGGAUACUAUCUUGGAGGAUCUGGAUAAAUAUAAUGAACCUUAUUAUGAUGUGCAAGAUGAUAUUUAUUAUGAUGUAAAUGAUCAUGAUGCAUCAACUACGGAUAGUAAUGCUAUGGAUGUACCUAGUAAAGUACAAAUUGAAAUGGAUGUAAAUACGAAAUUGGUGAAAGAAAAAUAUCCUAUAGCAGAUGUGUGGGAUAUAUAA